UCCCGUCCGCUCUGCCAUACAUAAGCAGUUGAACGGCAGAUUAGUACUACGGUGGGUGACCACGUGGGAAUCCCUGCUGCUGUAUGUUUUGCAUUUUCUUUUGUCUCUUUGAGACAAAGAAUCUCUGUCUUGUCAGAAUGGAGAAGGUGCUCGCUUGUUUUGUUCUUGCUCUUUUGGCUGGUGUUUCAGCUUCAUCAGGGUUCGGUUGCGUCCCGGAUGCAUCCGGCGAGGAGGUUGCCCUCGUCCGCAGCGUCCGCAAUUGCCAUUUUCUCUCGAACACAGCUCGCAACAUGACCUCGUGGAUUCAUCAAGUUGAACUGAAGCGUCCGUCGCGUGAGAGCCCUUUUUCAACUUGUCGACUUCGAAAGGAACUCGUAUAUCGCGUUGGAGUGCUUCCGAACUCCAGGAUCUUCUGCAACCCUAAAAAGCAGCCUCCGAUCACACACUCGACAACAUGCUAUCUAUUGCGCUUUCAUGUGCCUAUUCAGGCGGAAUCGGAAAUAUCGCUGCCGUUUUAAGCGCCUCAAAAGUCGAAAGAGGGAUGCGCUCCUGUCAAUCUCGAUAUGGCUUGGCUUUACUCUACAUUUCGAGCCCUAAUGCACGGAAAUAGAGACAUUGGACGAAUGAUCCUAGAUGCCAGCCAAUGAUCCGUUUGGCACGAGAAGUUCUUGAUAGCUACGAUGGGGAAAUGCAUCAUGACUCCAGUCAACUAUAGCUUCGAGGAACAAGACCAGAAGCACACUAUCACCCUGUUCCUGCCUGUGCGAUAUCUGAGUUGAACCGCUACAAAACG